UUACAUGUAAUGUACCACAUGUAAAUAUGAGGCUGGUACAAUUUCGUGUUAAAGAUUUAAUAAAUCAAGUAGGUAUUUUGGUUGGUGAUAAUGUCAUAGGGGUGGGUAGUGGGCACCUAGUUGAUAUAUUGGCUAAAGAGAAUGCUUUGGAGGACAUUCAAAAAUUGGCGGCGGAAUCGAAAGAUGUGUAUCCAAAGUCUCAGAUACAGCUUUUACCGCCGAUAACUCGUCCCGAUAAAAUUUUAGGGGUAGCCGCAAAUUAUAAGGACUUUUGCGAUAAAACGAACACCCCUUAUCCUGUGGAACCAAUCGCCUUCAGCAAAUUUUCAUCGGCUAUCGUCGGUCCUAAUGAUCCUGUCAAUAUAAGUGCUUCAAGCGAUUCUGUAGACUGGGAAGUGGAGUUGGUGGCCGUGAUUGGUAAAAAAGGCAAGAAUAUUUCCUGCACGGACGCCUUUGAUUACAUAGUGGGUUACACGGCCUGCCAAGAUCUCACAGAGAAAAAGUGGAUAAAAAGAAACGGGGGACAGUUUUUGAUGUGCAAAAAUUUCGAUGAUUUUCUACCCUUAGGUCCUUGUCUCGUGACAAAGGACGAAAUUAAUGAUCCGCACAAUGUAACAUUGAAAACUUGGGUGAACGGGGAAUUGAAACAAAGCGGAAACACGGCGGAUAUGAUUCAUGGGGUUGAUAAGUUGGUGGAGUAUUUUUCCAGCGUGAUGACACUUUUACCUGGCGAUAUAAUACUAACUGGAACACCGUAUGGGGUGGCAACGAAUCACAACCCUGUACAAUUCUUGAAGAAAGGCGAUAUACUGGAAAGUGAAGUGGGAAAUGUUGGGAAACUAAUAAAUCAUGUUUUAUAAACAA